AUUUAUCUUAUCUAGCCUAUAUAAAUUGUAACUUGCUGAAUGAUUAAGUUUAUGCUCACAUUUCUCUUUAGAGUUCUCUUCCUCUCUUCCUCUCUCACUAAUCUAUAAACUUAUUAAUUAAGUUUUAAUUUAAAUAUGGAUGCAAUUUCUUCAAUUACAUCUAAAUAUGAAUUUGCUGUGAAACCGAGUCCCGAUGAAGAAGUAGUAGACUCUAACGAUUCUGAAUAUUCAAUCCCCACUAUUGAUAUCUCGCUUCUAACAUCUGACAAUCUUGAUCAACGCUCGAAAAUCCUCCACGAGCUUCACAAAGCUUGUGAGGAAUGGGGUUUCUUCUCGUUGAUCAAUCAUGGUAUUUCGGAUAUUGUGAUGAAGAAAAUGGUGGAAGCCAUUGAGAAAUUUUUCAACAUGAGUGAAGAGGAGAAGAAAGAGUUUGAAGGGUGUAAAGAUGUGUUGGAACCUAUAAGUUGUGGAAGUAAUUUUAAUUGCAACACAAUGGGAAAACAAUUUCUUCUUUGGAGGGAAACUAUUAGGCUCAUUGUUCAUCCUCAAUUUCAUUCUCCCUAUAAACCACUUGGAUUCAGUGAGGCUGCAGAGGAGUAUUGUAAGAGAACAAGAGAAGUAUGUGGUGUGUUAAUGAGGGGAAUAUCAGAGACAUUAGGGUUGGAAUCAAAUUGCUUAGAAAAGGCUACAAAUUGGGAUGAAGGGUUUGAAUUAUUGUGUGGAAACAAGUAUCCACCUUGUCCAAAUCCAGACCAAGUUAUUGGUCUCCCACCUCACACUGAUCCAACCAUUAUGAAUUUCCUUACCCAAAACGACGUCGUUGGCCUUCAAAUAUUUCGUCAAGGAAAAUGGAUUCAUUUCAAAGCUAUUCCCAAUACCAUUAUUGUUAGCCUUGGUGAUCAAAUGCAGAUCCUAACAAAUGAGUUGUACAAGAGUGUAAAGCAUAGAGCAGUGGUGAAUAACAAGAGUACAAGAAUAUCAAUAGUGUCUGCAUAUGGACCAAGAUUGGAGUCAAAGGUUGUACCAAUACCAGAAUUGUUAGAAGCAAAAGGUCAAAACUCAGCUUAUGGACCACCAAUUCCAUACAAGGAUUACUUGGCACUUUUACGAAGCUCCCAUGCCUCCCUCAAAUCCCCUCUCCACAUAAUAAGAUUGAAAUAAUAAUAACAUUCCAUCAUUACUACUAAUACCUUAAAUAUUGCUUCUCUUUAAUUACAUAUAUAUGUUGUUUCUUAUGAUUUUGUGUAAAAUAAUUAUUGUCCAAAUAUUACUAUAUUAUAAAGUAGUCGCUACUACUACUGCAUUUACGAAAAAAAGUGUUUUAGGGACGAUAAUAUUAGGAGCGACUAAAAAAAGUCACCGCUAAAUUUAAUAACCUGUUAUUAUUAGUGGUUGUUAUCGCUAAAAA